UCAGCCUCGACAUUAUUGUAGUCUAAGGAGGGUCUUGGUGCGGUUCACUCGGUCGACAAAUUGUGUUCUAUCGGUUUAAUCGCGACUGUGUCCUUUGUAAAAGAAAUUUCGACGUCGGCUUUAUUAAAAGGAUCUCCGAUGAACAGUUUUAUUAUGUCGUCAUGUCUGAGGUGACGGGAAAAAUGCCGGUGACGGAGAGCGAGUCGUCCGUCGACAAAACGGAUUCCACAUCCUUCAACAACACCGAUAACGAGUCCAGGCUGAAACGGACCCUGUCCUUCACCAGGAACGCGUUGAGCGCCUCGCGAUACCACAGAAACGGGAGGAAAACCCGUAGGAACAACCAGAUGAUCAUCAACGAAAUGGAGAACGUGGAUUCGAAGAAGAGACACUUCCUCAGGCCGUCUUGGAACAAAUUCAUAAACAAGGUCGUACAGAAGGUGUCAAAUUUGAGCCUACAGAACAACAAGAAUCUCUGUUCGAGUUACGCGUACAGCGGGCGCAGGCCGAACGGCGUAUCGCUGAGUUCGUGCGACGUCCGGGUUCCGCCGGUACGGCCGGGCGGCUUCCCCGGCGACAAAGUACCAGGCGUCAUCGGACUCAGGAACCACGGCAACACCUGCUUCAUCAACGCCGUCCUACAGUGCCUUAGCCACACGGAUAUCCUCGCCGAAUACUUCGUCCUAGACCAGUACAAAGCCGACUUGUCCAAAAGGAACAAAAUCAAUUCGAAGAAACACGGCACCAAAGGCGAGGUGACGCAGCACUUGGCACUCCUACUCAAAUCAAUCUGGUCGUGCCAGUACGAUCCGGAGAUAUCGAACAAAUUCAAACUGGUCGUCGACAAAUACGGCAGUCAGUUCCGGGGCAACAACCAACACGACGCCCAAGAAUUUCUACUUUGGCUCCUGGACAAAGUGCACGAAGACCUCAACACCGCCACCAAAAAGAAAUACAAAGCCAUUAAGAACUCAUUCGGGCGACCAGAUGAAGUUGUGGCAGCCGAAACACUGGCAAACCAUGUCCGACAGAAUGACAGCUUCGUAUUGGCUGUUUUUCAGGCCCAGUUCCGGUCUUCGCUGACAUGUCCAAGGUGCCAUAGGCAGAGCAACACUUUUGACCCGUUUCUCUGUGUCUCUGUACCAGUGCCUCAGGAUCAACUCCGACCAUUUUUUGUCACCGUCCUUUACACCUCACAGCAACCAAGGCAGGUCAAACUUGGUCUAUCUCUGCCUGCACAUGCAGAAAUACGAGACCUGAAAGAGCAACUUGCUCUUGACACUGGUAUCUGUGAACAACACAUGCUCAUUACCGAAAUUGAUGAUCUUGGCUUUCAAAGAACCUUCUCAGAUAAUCAACCUCUGAGCAUGAUAAAAGAGACUGAUCCCAUCUAUUGCAUAGAACUUCCUCAGCUCAAAGAAGCAACCCAAGAUACCGGCGAAUAUAUACUGCUUGUAUGGGUCAAUACUUUAAUUGUCGAUGAUCAGUGUGCAAGGUUCAGUAGCCCAUAUACAAUGCAAGUCUUUAGAGAAACUUCAUAUGCUGAUGUUGAAAAACUCAUCCUUAAAGAGAUGUGUUGGUCAGUAGCUGAUGGCGUCCUUGAGUCAAAUAUUGAGGAUAUGCCAGGUAGAAUAAGAAUGAGGAUAGUUUCACCAGGUUGCCUUACUAGUUAUCUUGAUCCAACCCUUGAGCACCCUCUGUAUGAUGAAUCGGUCGACAAUGCUAUUGCCUUGUGUGAUACUACCUCUGCACCUCCUCAUUUAAAGUUAGUGUUAGAAUGGGAUCUCCAAGCCAAAUCGAGUAUGGUAAUUGAUGACACAGAUCAUAUUGAAGAGCAUUCAAGUGUAAAACAAUUGAAGCAAAAUGCAGAAUUGGGUGGCUCUGUUACUCUGGAAGAAUGUUUCGAGCUUUAUACAAAAGAAGAAGUUUUGGGAGCAGAAGAUGCAUGGCACUGUCCCAACUGUAAUUUGAAGCAAGAGGUCGUAAAGAAACUCGGCCUCUGGACACUACCAGACAUUUUAGUCAUUCACUUGAAAAGAUUCAGGCAACCACCUGCCAAAAAUCAUAAUAGAUCUACAAUUAAACUUACAACUCUUGUCGACUUCCCGGCUGUUGGAUUUGACAUGACGCCACAUCUGUGUGGAAGUGGGAGCAGUGGCCCUUGGUGGAAACACAACAAUAACAACAACAGCAACAAUCCUCCCCAGCAUAAUACAUAUGAUUUGUAUGCUGUUUGCAAUCACCAUGGUCAAAAUUUACAUACAGGGCAUUACACUGCUUAUUGUAGAAAUCCAUACAAUGGAGAGUGGUACUGUUUUGAUGACACCACUGUCAGCACUGUGAGUGAAUCGCAGCUUGUCACGUCUUCAGCGUACAUCCUUUUCUAUCAAAGGAGGGGACUUCUAUCACCUUCCUCGUCCUCAUCUGCCUCUUCAACCACCGAGCACUGGGCGACAAGAUUACUCCCAUCCAAUCCAUUACAAAAAAUGGAUAAUAAAGAGCAAUUCGCAAGGAACUCGAGACAAUAUGCUACAGCACCUAUAAAACGCUCUAACAUUGUUAAUAACAGCAGUGACGAUGCAGCAAAAGUCAACAAUAGUUCACCACUCACUGAAAGGACUAAUUCAGAGAGAGUAACAUUUUCCGGAAGCGGAGGGAUAAAACUGACGGAGUCAAUUGUCUGACCUCAAGCAUACAUUAUACUAAACGGAUGAAUUGCCAAAUGCAGAAUGGAAGUACCUAAAUGAACACCAGACGUCUUGGUUCUUUACUCUUUACGGUCGUUACCGGCCGAGUAGGACUGAAACCUCGCAAUUUAUUGAUGUUAUAAUUUUGUUUUUAUUUUUGUGAGCGAGGUAAAACUUUUAUUUUUUCUGUAUGUAUAUAGAAGUAUAUUUAUAUUUUUAUCUUACUGUUAUCUAUUUUAAGAUGACUUUAGCAAUAACUGUUGACAAGUUUAUUUAUUUUCUUUGCAUAUGAGUGUUUGCUGUAUGAGUAAUUUAUUUUAAGUCAGUUCUGUAAUAUUUCAUUGAAAUUUGAAAUUUCUUUUACAAAAACUUUUAUAGUCAGUAUAAUUUUUAUAUUGUUUAAUAAAAUAAUUCAUUAUAUUCAAUAUUUUCACUGUCUUAAUGAAGGCAAAUAAAAUUGUGAUUGUUAAAUUAUAAAUAUUAAAAAAAAAAAAAAAAAGACGUAAACUUUUUUAUUUGUGAAAUAAAUAU